UUUCUUUAAUGGCCAGAUAUGUUUUAUAUCCAGUGAAUUUUAUUCACACCGAUACUUGUCAAGUGCUGUAUAUCAAAUUAGCCCGAGUAGCCCGAGAAAUACAUUUUAAACUCAUACUUCUUAAUAUACCAAAUAUCUUAUAUAACUCCAUAACCAUGUGCUUCAUGAUGACUGGAUGCAAGUACAUAGCUAACGCCUAUCCAAAGCGGUUUGCAAUGACGGUCCAUCCCGCCGCCAUAGGAUUGGUUCUGGUAGGAACCGUCCUAUUUUUAUCGCUGGACAUGUUCUAUAUAAUGCCCAAGAUUUACGACCCCGAUGGGCUGUUCUUCAAGAUCGCCUGGCUUAUUUCACUGUUCAUUGUCUACAACCUUCUGGGAAAUAUGAUUGCCUGUCAUCGCACUUCCUCUGCGGUGACUUCGCUGCCCAAGGAUCGGCAGAUUCCGUCUCCAGAGGAAGAGCACCUGUGGCACUUCUGUGACCAGUGCCAGAUGCUAGUGCCGCCCAGAUCCUGGCACUGCAAUUUGUGUAAAUGCUGCAUUCUGAGGCGGGACCAUCACUGCAUCUUCACGGCGACUUGCAUUGGCCACAAUAACUACAGGUACUUUUUCUGGUUUACAAUGUACAUGCUUAUUGGAUCACUUUUGUCCUUGGCAACGCACAUACAUCUGCUUGUAAUUAAUGAAGAAAUGCGGCGGCAAUAUGCGAUAAUACACUUUACACACCUUAUCCUAUUUUUCAAACCAAUGAGUUUCAAGUCAAUAGUACUGAACAUAUGUUUUGUUCUCAACAUCUAUGCCUGCAUUCUCCCACUUAUAAUGUUGGGGUAUCAGAUACCAACACUAUAUCUGAAUACCACGUUCUAUACGCCGAAGGAUCUUAGUUACAAUCAGGGGCUGCGAGGGAACUUCAUGGCCUUUAUGGGAAAACGAGGCCUCUGCACUUUUAUCUCGCCGAGCAUUAGGAGUCCUCUACCUCACGAUGGAACCCAGUGGCAAACUAAGCAGUUAAGCAGUACUGUUUGAUAGCACUUGUCAUUAUCUCCGAAAUUAACAGUGUGUAAGGGUAGAAUCAAAACUGGUUACCGGUAGAAUUUUCAUCUAUAAUUAUUAUUGAAUUUAAGUAAAGUGGGCAUACCCUUAACAACAAAAGCAGCAAGGAAC